AUCCAGUAAAGCAUUAGGAGCUAAAGACUAAAGGUUUGCUGUAUAUUGUCCAGCUUUGGUUGCUGAAAUUCCGAACAAAAAUGCUAUCCCGAACUCUGUUGCUUGUUUCUGCUUUGGCGUUGUUGGCGGUAGUUUUUGCUGCACCAAUAGACGAUGGAUCAGAUAAAGAUGAUGACACUGGCACCAGAACAGAUGCUUUGGAUGUUGAUACCUCCAUUGACAACAUAGACACUACAGAUCUUGAUAAUAAUGAUGAUUCUCCUGAUAAUCAUAGUACCAGUGACGCUGCUGAUUCUUCUGAAGAACAAAGUGUAAAGGAUACCCCUGGUGAUGUUGACACCUCCUCUGAUGCCACAGACUCCACAGAUGAAGAUGUUAGCAGUAGCAGCGUCACUGCCGGUGACUUCAGUUCUAAAGAAUCUGCUACCGAGGAUGAUGCUACCACUUCAGAUAAUUCUAAAGAUUCUGAUAGUACCAGCAGCUCAGAGAGCAGUCCCACAGAUGUUGAUGACAGUGCAGGAAAAUCCAAUGAGGAAAGCAAGGCUUCAGAAGAUAAGUCCUCUUCAGAGUCAGACUCAAAAUCACAGGAUGCUGAUGAGGAUGGAAAAGACUCCUCUUCUGAGAGUGAUUCCAAAGAUGCUGAGAAAGAGACCGAUUCUGUUUCAAAGAGCCAUUCCGCAGAUGUCGAUGAGAAAGAAAAAGACUCUUCUGAAAGUGAUUCUAAGGCUACAGAAGAUAAGACCUCUUCAGAGUCAGACUCCCAAUCUCAGGAUGACGAGAAGGAGUCUUCUGAAGCUGAUUCCAAGGAUGCUGCUGAUGAUGACAAGCCUUCCUCGGAUUCAGAGUCUGAUUCGAAGGGUACAGAAGAAGAUUCAAGCUCUUCAGAAUCGGAUUCGAAGGAUCCACACAGCGAUACUGCAAGCAGCUUAGAGACAGAUUCGAAAGAUAAGGACAGUGAUAUCUCCAGCAGUGCAGAGAGUGAUUCCAAAGGUGGGAAUGAUGCGGAAGAUGAACACGAUGAUAAAUCUUCUAAAGAUUCUGAAGACUCAGACCGUGAUAGUGCAACCAGUUCUGAGACCGAUUCCAAAGAUUCAGACAGUGUUAGCAGCUCAGAGAGUGGUUCUAAAGAUGGUGACAAAGAUGAUGAUGAAAUAACCAAGACUGAUUCUUCAGAAACUGAGAAGUCUGAUGCUGAUGAUGAUCAUAGUGACAUUGAUUCUAAUGGUGCUGGUGAUAACAAUGACACUGAUCGGGACCAAAGCACAGAGACUGACUCUCAUGAUGAUGAUCACGAUAGCACCACGCCUAAUCAAGAUUCCUAGUGGGUCAGGCAUUUUGGAAUAGACUCUGGAUUCCGACUGAUUCAGAGGAGGACUCACUGCCCCAGCUGAACGUGAAAAGAGAUCCUGGAUCAAUUAGACCCUUCUGUUGUAGCAACAACUAGGAAAGACGCCUCUGUUCUUUAGCCUGUAAACUCUUGUCUUUCCAGGACAUGUUGAAUGGGUUUGUAGUGGGUUAUGGUGAAGGUUACAUUAUUGAACAGCUCAUGCACAUUUCUUUGAUCUGCACUCUUUCAAAAGAUAGUAGAAACAAUAUAUUAUUUUUCCCCCACCCCCACCCCGACCCCUCAUUCCAUCUCUCUUAGUUACUGUUUUUACUCAAUGAUGAAAUGUUUUAAUUAUAACUCAAGAUACAGAAUACAACAAAUACUGACUAUCAAGAAUACUGUCCCUGUAAGCACAGUGGCUGCUGCACAACAUGUAGGCACAGAAAUGUGCCUUGUCAAAAUAUUUUAUUAAAUAUGUCAUACCAGUUUUAAAAAUGUAAUGGCACACACAUAUAAACACUCACACAUACAGUGCAUACAUUGUAUACAGUAAAUAUUUAUGGCCAUUUAAAAAAAAAUUGUUAGCUUCCUACAGAAAUAUAUUUUUUAAGUUAAUGUGAAAGGCAGGUAGUGUAUGUCAUUGAAAUGUAAUUGUUGACCUAAUUUUUAAAAAAGUAAAAAGUAAAUUAAUGUGAGUUUUUAUUUUAUUUUCCUGUAUGUUAAGAACUUCAGAAUCUGCUGAAUAAAGUUUCAGUUGUCACUCGCUUUUGUUUUCCUGUAUGUUAAGAACUUCAGAAUGUGCUGAAUAAAGUUUCAGUUCUCAGUC